AUGGGAAAGGACUUUAAAUUCAAAGUGGGGAUGGAGUUCUCCUCGCUUAAGGAGUUUAAACAAGUUGUUAAGAAGUAUUAUAUACUAAAUGGAAGAGAGAUCAUGUUUGUUAAGAAUGAUGACAUAAGAGUUAAGGUAGUUUGUCAGAAGAAAUGUGGAUUUGUGAUUUUGUGUAGUAAAGUAGGAGGAAGUCAUACAUUUAGGGUCAAGACUUUGGUUGAUGGUCAUAGUUGUGACAGAGUACUUAGGAAUCAAAACGCAAAUAAAUAUUGGGUUUCUAAAGUGGUUGUUGAGAAAUUUAGAAAUGUAGGCAAGAUAACUGCAAAUGAGAUCAUUGAUGACAUCAAGAAGACCUAUAGUGUGGGGAUCACUUUGUGGACAACAAUCAAAGGAAGACAGAUGGCCAUGGAUGUCAUAGAGGGUGAUGGGCAGAAACAACAUACCUUACUUUAUGACUACGUAACAGAGUUGAAAAGGGUGUUUGCUAGAACAACAGUCAAAAUUAAAGUGAAUCAACCACAACCAACUUUGCAGCCACAUUUUGGGGCUUUUUACAUGUGCUUGGAAGGUUGCAAGGAAGGUUUCAUAAAUGGUUACAAACCAUUCGUUGGUGUUGAUGGGUGCCACUUGAAAAGUAGUUAUGGAGGGCAAUUAUUAGUGGCUAUUGCAAGGGACCCAAAUGACCAGUAUUUUCCUCUGGCUUUGGCGGUGGUGGAAAAUGAGUGCAAGGAGAGCAGGAGAUGGUUUAUGAGUCUAUUGCUGGAUGACAUUGAGGAUGUGCAAUCCAAUCAGUGGGGACUAAUGCAAGUAUUUGAUGAAAUUCUUCAUGGAGUUGAACACAGAUUUUGCCUAAGACAUUUAUACAACAACUACAAGAAAAAAUUUGGUGGAGGAGGGAAAAAGAACCAGAAAAAGAACAAAAAUGUUGCAAGUGAAAGUUCCAAUGCAUAUGGAAUUAGAACCAACAAGAGGUUGAGAUCUUCCAUAACCACCACAUCACAACCAUCAACUAGCAAGGGAGGAAGGAGAUCUAAGAAAGCUGCAACAGCCACAAUAGUGUUAGGGUCACAAGCCAGUACCAACAAUGCCUCAUGA